GUUCCUUUUCCGGUUAGAGGCCAGGUUGCUCAUAUCGAAGAUGGGCAAGUUUAUGAAAUCAGGCAAGGUCGUUUUGGUCCUGAAUGGCCGCUAUGCAGGCAGGAAGGCUGUCAUUGUAAAGAACUACGAUGAAGGCACAUCUGACAAACCAUAUGGUCACGCCCUCGUCGCUGGCGUAGACCGGUACCCACGUAAAGUGACAAAGAGGAUGGGCAAGAAGAAGAUUAAACAGAGGUCUAAGAUCAAAGCCUUUGUCAAGGUCUUCAACUUCAACCAUCUUAUGCCAACCAGAUAUUCCGUUGAUGUUAACCUUGAGAAAUCUCUCGUCAACAAGGAUUCAUUCAGAGACCCCGCCCUGAAGAGGAAGGCCAGGCGGGAAGUGAAAGGCAAACUAGAAGAGAGAUACAAAACGGGCAAGAACAAGUGGUUCUUCCAGAAGUUACGAUUCUAAAUUAUCCAAUGCCUUGUAAAAAUAAUGUACAGAAAUAACCAAAAAAAAGAUAAAAUCGA